CUUGUUCCGACUAGGCUACUGCGGUCCAUGAGCAGAUCUACAAAGGUCUAUCAAAGUUCCUUCAAACGAUAGACUCAGACAAUCAAUAUCGAAGCAUGCAAAAGGGCAAGUUGCCCCGUCCGGAGGUGCCUGCUAAUCAGUAUGAACAAAAGGGCAACCUCUUGAAUCACAGGCCAUACAAAAAAAAGGGCCAUCGAUUCUCUGCUUUCAAUGUACAAUUCGAUUUCGAAAGCUCGCUACCUGGAUUGCCCCGCCACUUUGACUAUGGCAACAAUAGUGUAGUUCAGCGCGAAACUACAGUAAAGCCGUUGUGGAAUGGCUUCAAGCCGGAAAGGAUGAACAGGAUACAUCGAAAACCAAAGUCAAAGGCCUCAUGCGCUCCUCAACUGCAUGAGGAGCGUAUUUCAGCUUCUCAGUACCACCCCGCCGAGUGCCAGACAGUAAACGGUAAAAGUGACGCAGUCAAUGAUCCGGAACUGGGACACGAUUUGCCGUCGUCGUUGACCAAACCUUUACACUCAACCCUCGAACGAAUGCCGGGUCGCACUGCAACCUCUUAUUCCUUAUUCCCUCGAGCGACGUCUCAGCCCAUAGAAAUACCACUUCCAGCCGCUUUACCGCCCAUUGCCUUUUCUCAACAACCGGAAUCGUUGCCACGCCCGUUGGGCGGGAGUAAGUCUUAUUCCAAUAUUAGGUCGAAGCAGCCAUCUCCUGUCCAACAAACUGUUUCUCCGUUGGCGCCGAAUAAGGCGGUUGAAAUAUGGGAAAACCCGAGACCGGCUCCGGUUCCCAUACUUGGUUCAGCGCACCAGUUGCGGGCUUCAAGCCCAUCGCCGCCUCUGCAGACAGUGCCUUUUGUGUCUGUCUUUGAGGUCGACUCAGACACCGAGUAUGGUGAUUACCAUAAGUUUACACAGAGCAUCUCCCGUGGUCUGCGCAACAGAAUUAGCCGUAGGAGAUUCAUCGACGAGGAAGAUGGCAAGUACGACAGAGGAAGCAUCGCUAGUGAGGACAGCGUCUCGAGUCUCAAACUAGAUAACAACAUCGACAUUGGCAAGUCCAGCCAGAAGUACGAGACAGAUAGUAGUGCUCUGGGACGUGUAUGGUUGAAAAGCAAACGAAGAAUGAUCAAAUCAAUGGUUCUAUUGGGUAAUCGUUUCCAGUUUUGAAUGCUACGCACCUCUGCGACUUUGGGCUUUGCCCAUGGCCCAAAAUCACACCAGGGACGAAUAUACUUUGUACACAGAAAUAUGAAGUCGCUGCUUUGAAUUAUUUGUACAGACCUUUUGGUAUGUUUUAUAUGAUGUUAGUAGAUAUUGGUAUUCGGAGCGAAUAGUAUCAAC